AUGCUGAUGUUUCAGGUGUAUACGCAGCUCCCCUCAGCAGCUUACAAGAAAGACAUAUCGCCACCAUCAGCAAUCUAUCACAAAGACAAAUACUCACAGGUCUCUGCUGCUCCUGCUGCUGCUGCUGCUGCUGCUGCUGUGGUUGCUGCUGCUGUUGAUGCUGCUGCUGUGGUUGCUGCUGCUGUGGUUGCUGCUGUUGUUGCUGCUGCUGAUGCUGCUGUUGAUGCUGCUGCUGCUGAUGUUGCUGCUGCUGUGGGUACUGCUGCUGAUGUUGCUGUUGCUGCUGUUCAUGUUGCUGCUGCUAUGGCUGCUGCUGUCGUCGCUGCUGUUGUUGAUGCUGCUGAUGCUGCUGCUGCUGUCGAUGCUGCUGCUUUUGCUGCUGCUGCUGCUGCUGCUGAGGUUGUGUGGGUUGAAACUGCAAAGGCGUCAGACCCGCAGCAGCAGCAGCAGCAGCAGCAGCAGCAGCAGCAGGACGAGCCAACACCAGCAGCUGCAGCAAUAGAGCACGAGCAUGACCAUCAGCAUCCCCAGCAGCAGCAUCCCCAGCAGCAGCAGCAGCAGCAGCAGCAGCAGCAGCAGCAGCAGCAGCAGGGUUGUGUGUGUUUUUGUUUAGUGAUAAACGGCCUCAUCCAGGGGAAAGCCAUCGACGACCUCCUCGCCGAAACCGCCCCAGACGUUGCAGCCCGUGUUGAGCAGGUAGCAGCAGAACAAGCAGCAGCAGAUACAGGCGAGACAGAUGCAGCAGUAGCAGCAGCAGCAGCAGCAGCAGCAGCAGCAGCAGCAAGAGAAGCAGCAGAUGAAGACAUAACCCCAGAACAGCUCAUCAACAUCUCCAAGUUCGUGCCUCUCAGGCUCACCUAUGAAGAGCGUCUCUUUCUGCGCGAGUUGUUUAUAGUUUAG